AUGGGCGGCUUUUUUGGAGAGGCAAAGAAGGUGAUGAACGCCCUGAAUACUCUACAACAGAUCCAUCCCUUUGUUAGUGUGGCUAUAAUCGCUUUCAAGGCUGUCGUGGAUUUUGAAAUAAGACGAAGAGAGAACGAUUGUACAGUUUGUUUGACGCUUGCAAAGGCAUUUGAUACGAUGAAUAUGCUUCUUCAACUUAACGACACUAGAGACCCUGACAUUGUAGGACCUCGCGGCACUAUUCGGGGCCGACUGGAUGGUGUCUUGGAUAAGAUCAAGACAAAUGUCGAGAAUUGCGGAAAUGCCAUCGACAAAUACUACAAGUCGAAAUUCAUCGUGAAAUUCUUUAGAUCAUCCCAUUGGGCAAGUACGUUCCUCACGAUUAGCGGGAACUUUUCCCGGUGUAUGCAGGAACUUCGGGACGCCUUAACCAUCAGGACGGCGUUGGGAGUCGACACUGCGAUCAAAAAACUGGAAGAACUCACCCAGAUGCUAAGUGAACGCGAAGCGAAGAUCACGAAAGGAGAGAAAUUUCGCAGUAGAAUGGACCAAUACUUUGAAAGUGAACGCGAAAAGAGAUUUGCGAGCAAGCUGACUAAAGGAGUGCGCAAUUCGUGA